AUUACACAAGUAAGAGAUGCUAGCGAAACAAACGCCAUUAACAAAACAAAUGCUCUCCAAGCUAUUACAAACAAGCUCUUCAAAGCCGAAGCAGCUUAAGAAGAUCCAUGCUCUUGUACUAACAUCCGGUUUCUCUAUCAAGAACAGCCUCUUAACCCAGCUGUUAGAGAAUCUCACCCUCGUAGGUGACAUGUGUUACGCACGCAAGGUGUUCGACGAAAUGCACAAGCCGAGGGUUUUUCUCUGGAACACUCUUUUCAAAGGGUAUGUCAAAAACAAGCUCCCGUUCGAAAGUGUCAUACUUUAUAAGAAAAUGCGUGAUCUUGAUGUCCGUCCUGAUGAGUUUACUUACCCGUUUGUGGUGAAGGCGAUCUCUCAGCUGGGUGUUUUGGCCUCCUGUGGGUUUGCCUUUCAUGCCCAUGUGGUGAAACAUGGUUUUGAGACUCUUGGGAUCGUCGCAACUGAGUUAGUGAUGAUGUACAUGAAGUUUGGUGAACUGAGGUCGGCUCAGUUCUUGUUUGAGUCUAUGCAAGGCAAAGAUUUGGUGGCUUGGAAUGCUUUUAUUGCAGUUUGUGUCCAAACGGGAAACUCGGCUUUAGCUCUCGAGUGUUAUAACAAAAUGUGUGCGGAUGAUGCUGUUCUGUUUGAUUCUUUUACGGUUGUGAGUAUGCUUUCUGCUUGUGGUCAGCUAGGCUCUUUGGAGAUUGGUAAAGAAGUUUAUGAUCGUGCGAGGAGAGAAGGUAUAGAUUGUAACAUAAUCGUCGAAAACGCAAGGCUUGAUAUGUACUUGAAGUGUGGUAGCACUGAAGAUGCGAGGGUGUUGUUUGCAGAGAUGGAACAGAGGAAUGUAGUUUCUUGGAGCACGAUGAUUGUAGGAUAUGCAAUGAAUGGAGACAGCGAGGAAGCCUUGGCACUGUUCAAUAUGAUGCAGAAGGAGGGGAUAAGACCGAACUACGUGACGUUUCUCGGGGUCUUAUCUGCUUGUAGCCAUGCUGGACGAGUGGAUGAAGGGAAAAGGUAUUUCGGUAUCAUGGCUAGAUCGAGUGAUAAGAGUCUUGAGCCGAGGAAAGAGCAUUAUGCAUGUAUGGUUGAUCUAUUAGGACGCUCUGGUCUUGUAGAGGAGGCUUAUGAGUUUAUCAAAAGUAUGCCACUGGAACCUGAUGCAGGUAUCUGGGGAGCUUUGUUGGGUGCUUGUGCGGUUCAUCGUGAGAUUAAAUUGGGCCAGAAAGUGGCUGACGUUCUUGUAGAGACAGCUCCGGACAUAGGUGCGUAUCAAGUACUGCUGUCUAAUAUAUAUGCAGCUGCUGGUAAAUGGGAUUGUGUUGACAAAGUAAGGAGUAAAAUGAGGAAGCUCGGCACUAAGAAGGUUGCUGCGUAUAGCUCAGUGGAAUUUGAAGGCAAACUCCAUUAUUUCAAUAGAGGAGACAAAUCACAUCCGCAGACAAAGGCGAUAUAUGAGAAACUGGAGGAAGUCUUGAAGAAGAUAAGGAGCAUGGGGUAUGUUCCCCAGACAGGUUCGGUGUUUCAUGAUGUGGAAACAGAGGAAAAAGAAUGUUCUCUCAGUCAUCAUAGUGAGAAGCUCGCGAUUGCAUUUGGACUCAUCAAUGGGAGAGGGGAAGAUCCUUUAAGGGUUAUGAAGAACUUGAGAACCUGUGAUGAUUGCCACGUUUUCGCCAAGUUUGUUUCCAGGCUUACUUCGAGAGAUAUCAUCAUGAGAGACAAGAACAGGUUUCACCACUUCAGAAAUGGUGUUUGCUCUUGCAGAGAGUUCUGGUGACUUCACUUAUUCAUAUGUUCUGAUUGGUAAAAUAGUUCUGAUCAUCCACAGAUUUUGAAUGUAUCUGAAGACCAGUUUAUAACUAAACCAGGUUCUUGAUCAAUAAAACUUGGAUAUGGCAACAAAUUGUGAAGCUAUGGUUUCAUACUUAUGCAGUCAGAUGCCUGAAACAGAGAGACUCUAUUAAAUAAGGAGUUUAAAUGGAUCAAAUAUGGGAAAAUAUAAUUCAAGAGUUGAAAAGCAUGGACAUGAAAAUAAGCACAAAAAAAGACAAAAAUCUUUCUCUUGAGAAAGACAGGACAAGAGACCUGAAUGAAACAGAGAGAUGGAGACAAAACAGAGAACAGAGGUUAUUACUUGUGAAGCAAGAACAUCUCUGCAACAAUGGUUUAUAGUUUUCAGUUUAGCAAAAUCAAGGUAAAUUCCCAUCCAUUAAAAGCUACUUGCUUUAAUUAGUAAAAAACACUUUGUAGAUUAUAUCAAAUACAAUUAUAUCAUAUACACAGUAUCCCCUUCUCUCUCUCUCUCCUCUCUCUCUCUCCUCUCUCAGAAAACAUAAAUUCGAUAUUAUUUUCCCCGGAGACAACGGCUAUUAAUACUGAAAUGUAGUACACUGCACCAUCUCCAAGCACAAUGGUAGAAUCAAAUUUUAAUUUUAAUUUAAAAUUAUGCAGAGAGAACAAUUAAAGCAUUGGAGGUGAGAUACCAAAAAUUAAUGAUCUGAGUAGUACAGAUAUGAGAAGGUUCUCCCAUGAAUCAAGGGUCACGAUCGUUUGAUAAGACCCGUAAGAUAAAUAAAAGAAUAUAGAACACAGAGAGCUAAUUCAAUAAAAUAAAUUAAAAAUAUUUCAAGCUUUUUUUUUUUUUCUCUUCCUUCUACUUCUUCUUCUUCUUUCUCACUAUCCAAAGAAGUCCAGACAAAUCUUUUUGUUACUUAGGCUUCACUCAAAGAAAGAAAAAGAGUUUAUCUUUUGGGUUUAUCCUCUAUUACUACUCAAAGUUAUCACUUUUUGUCAAAAUAACUAUUAUUAUAGUUAGUGAAAACUCAUUUUUCUCAGCUGUUUCUUGAAUACAAACCUGCUCUGCACUACCAAACACCGAGAAAAAGGAAAGAAACUUCUUUCGAAAGAAAACAGAAACGUACUCAAAUAUUUUUUUUCACUUACUUCAUGGGCUUCUCAUAAAAACCUUGUUUUCUUCACUCAUAUCAAACCGCCAUGGAAGAUUUUGUAGGGAAAGAGCGUGACAAAAGAAGAAGAAGAAGACGAGCAGCCACCUCCACCAUGUUCUUGUGGGGAAUCUUGUUCUUUGCUCAGUUUUGUUUGGCUUCUUCAUCAGCUCUUUCUCCUGAUCAGUAUCAUCACCAAUCCAUCCCUUCACCAAGGAAGGCUGGUCGUUUCCACAAUACGGCCUCGUUUCAGUCCCCUAGAGCCUCAGUGUCGUUCAUGGGUCCACGUCGAAGAGAAGAAAACAUAGAUGAUGUUUUUAAUGACGACAAGAGAUUAGUUCACACAGGUCCAAAUCCUCUCCACAACUAAAAACUAGUUAGCAUCACGUGUCUGGUUUCUCUUUGAGCAAUCGCCUGCAAUAUCUGCUUUGAAAUGUCUCGUUACUUCGGUAGAGUUUUUAUAAUGUAAUUUUUUUGUUGUCACUAUGAGAUAUAUAGAUCAUUAUUGUUAGCCUUCUUGUCCCUGAUGCUAAGAAAUGAUCUUGUGUUCUCUUGUUGUAACUCUUUUGCUUCAAUGGUAACCAUCGACCUUCAAGAUCCAAGAAUUACUGAAAAUAGUUUUUAAUUUAUUUAUUUAGUUAAAUCAGUAUGUUUAGAAGUUCCAUGUUCUAAGAAAGUAAACAGUAGUCUGAAGAUUCGGAUGCAUGGAUUUCUUCGAAGGAUCAUGUUCUUUUGCAUAAAAGAAGGUUGUCUUUUUGUGAUAAGUGAUUAGUUAAUGCUAUAUGUAUGUAUUUUAUUGUUUUCUAAAUCUUGAUGUUAGAUGUGUUCAAAGAUUCCAAAUUCCUAAACUAUAUAGUACUACUAAUAAAGUUGAUGUAAUCGUAUAGUUAAACGUCCAUUUUAAAAUUUAUAAAUGAACAUGGAAGCUGUUGACUGCUUCUUAGCUCUUGAAAAAAGGAGAGCCAAAGACUUGAAAUGUGGUGAAUUUCAUGCAUAAUAACUAUUUAAUCAUAAGAGAUGAGCUGCCCAUUGUUUUGGAUUUUGGAUUUUUCAUAUAUUAUAAAAGUGAGAAUAUAAUAGGCUGAUGGUAAAAAAAGAAAUACUACAUACUUUUAGGGGGUGCAUUAAGUAUUAUAGAUAUGUCAUAUGUGGGGGUGUAUUUUUUUUAGACUGACAUGGAUGUAAAUUGUCUACUUAUAUAUGCUGAGUAAUAUACUACGUCGAACCCUAAUAAUAGAAUAGUCGAUAAAGAAUUACAUAUCAUAAAAUUAAUAUUUUUGGAAUUGAUAACUACUCCUAUUAUUUAUAUGAGUAGGCCAUUGAUGAUUUAGCUUUAAUGGUUUUUAUAUCAUUUGUUUGUGUGAACUUUAAACUUAAUGCAUACGUCUCUCGAUGGUGCUGCCUGCCUGUUCCCAGUGACCUCUAUUUUUAUUUUCUCACAACUAUAUACUUACAAAACACAUUUAAUGCUCACAUGAUACCAGUACUACUAAUUCUCUCACGGAUUAAUGAUUCUCUUUGGCUAAGUAGACUUAAAUGCAGAAUUUCAAAUCAACCACAUUAAAAUUACAAAUCGGUGAGGCCAAAAGAAUCAAUUGUUGACCAAAAAGUUAAAAAUUCAAUUUUCUUUUAGAAUAAAGAAAACAUUGAUUUGAAAUAAGCGACAUAAAAAUUGCAUAGAUGAAAAAAUUAAUGUAAAAUGUAAAUUUUGUUAGUCUGCUUAUACUUUUAUUUAGGUUCAUUUAGUUAAAGAUAUCCUUAGAGAGAGAUAGAAGUUGUUGCAUGUGGAAUGAAUGUCUUUGCACAGUGGGAGCCAUAAAUGGAGAGAUUUAAGGAGCUAUAGUGAUCAUUCAACUACCCCCAUUCAAUCUCCAUAUUUUAUUUCUUACAUUCCAUUUUUAAUAAUAAAUUUGUAAAUUUAUAUACUGAUUUGUUGAAUUAUGCGGAAACCAAGCUUUUCAAAAAUAUUAUUUUCUUAAAGUUUGGUGUAUAUUUUUCCUUUUUUUUUUUUCAUUUAUCCGGGAAAUGUCUGUCUAGUAGGUAUGGCUGGGAAAAUAGCCAUGGGCUAUUUGUAGGUCUGGUCAAAUUUGAAGUCCAUUUUAGGUGGAGAAGAGAAGGUCUCAAACAACGCACAUGUAUUGGGCUCAAAUGUUGAUUUUGCUAAAAUGCUACAAGCGCGAGUAUUGCGCGUGGGGUUUUUACCUAAACUGCUCUCAGCUCGUAAACGAUACUUUACAAAAAGGAUUUCUUUGCACGAAUUGCAAAACUUAACAUGGUAAAAAGGUAAUUCGGUGACCCAUGUUUAAUCAAUCACUACUGAAUUUGGUCUAAUUAUGUAACUUUCUGCACCCUAGUUAAGUUUUCUGAAUCAUGUGUACUCUGUCACUUUUGCUUUUGCAGGUUAUUAUACAAGUUGCAUCUAUUUAUAAGCAAAAUCCAAUACAUAGUAAAUGUAUCUUGUUACUCUCUGCCUCUAUUAUAUAUACAUUCACAACUAUUAUGGUUUAUCUAUAAAGGCAAAGUAUGAUAAAUAGUCGGAGUUGUUUCUACCAUUCAAGACGAUGUGUGAAUCGAUGAAAUGAGAUGGUGAGAAAUGUAUGUGAAUAAGGAAACACAGAGUCUGUGAUGGUGAAGAUAGGUUUCAGAAUCUAAAAGGAAGAAAGAGAAAGUUUUGAGAUGGAGGAUGUGUGAAGGGGUGGAAAGGGUUAAAAUAGGGGUUGAUAGAGAGAAAUGGGGAGGAUGUGCGAUUCUUCAUCUGCAAGUAAAGCAAACCCUUUGAAGCAUAUCUCUCAACUCUUCAUUCAAUUGGAUAUGCUUGUUCUUUGGCACGGUAAAAAAUAAGCUCGUUAAUGAUAUCCUCAAGCUCAUCAUUAUAAAGUGGGGAUUGUGAUUAAUUUAACCAAUGUUGAAAAGUAGAUACAUUCGAUUAGUCUCCCAAUUUUAUUUUAGUAUAGUUUAAUUUUAAAAUAUUUUCUAUUUUGUAAUAUAAAAUUUCUUCACAUUUUAUGAAAUAAAGAAUAUUUUAAAAUUAAAGUAUACUAAAAUAAAUUUGGGAGACUAAUGUAUCUACUUUUCAACGUUGGUUAAAUUAACCACAACCCCCACUUUAUAAUGAGUUUGAGGAUAUCAUUAACGAGCUUAUUUUUUGCCGUGCCAAAGAACAAACAUACCAAAUUGAAUGAAGAGUAGAGAGAUUUCAUGUAUUUUAAUGAUUUGUUUGUGAAUUGUAUAUUUAUUAAAUAUUUUAAGCCAAUUAAAAUACUCAUGUAAUUUUAAUGAUUUUUAAAUUAAAAUACUCAUGUAUUUUUAAUUAUUUGUUGGAUUAUAUUUAAUAAAACUUUUGUUUUUGAAUAUCUCUACUUUUAGAUUAAAAUUUUACAUUAUAAAAUAGUUUCACCAACAAAAAAGAGAAUUAAGUUUCUAGUAUUUUUCUUUUAGCUAACAACAAAUCUAUUCUAUUAAUUUAGAGUCCUAUUUUUUAUCUACUUAUAAAUGUUGUCAUUUAAGUUUGGACCUAUUCAUAUUUCACUAGGAAUAUACCUUUAAAAUAAGAUAUCUUUAAGUUCCCUUAAUUUACUUUUAAUAUUACAAAUGUGUCUCUCCUAUUUUUAUGGUUAACAACAUUAACUUCAUCCUAAUUACUAUACAUUUGUAAAACAUUCACCAUUUAUUUUCAUUUAAAACUACAGAGAUUUCAUUGUACUUAAUUGUUUCUUAUUUAUUCAUUUAAAAAUUUUCAAAGCCUAAUAGAGUUGCUGUUUUAGUUGUAAGGCAUCAGAAAUAUACAACAACAUUGGUUUGAAUUUGAUUAUUAAUAUGAAAUUAUGGAUGGUAAAUUAUAGUUAUACAACUACAUGAUUUUUAUAAUAUAAUUAACUUUUAAUAUUUUCAUAGCUAUAGUGCUAUAUAAAUAUAUAGUUGCUAUAUUAUAUGAUUUUAAUUAAACAUAUUUUACUCAAAUGUGGGCUAACAUAUUAUAUCAUCAUUUCUAAAAUGGUUAGUUAUACUAUAAAAUAUAUAACUAAAUGUAUUGUAAAUUAAAUUAAUUUUAAAAAUGUAUUGUAUACAAAAAUAAUAUUUAAUAACAAAGUAAAAUAAAUAAAUUAGAUCAAUAUAUAUUUAAGAAAUCUAAACAAGAAAAUUUACAUAAUAUUUAAAGCUAAAAUGUAAAUUUAAUAUCAAAAUUAUACAUUUAUAAAAGAAAAAAAUAUCCGCACGGACGUGCGGGUUCAAACUCUAGUAUUCAUUAUAAACAAGGUUAGUUUGCUCUUUGUUUGUUUUUAGGUAAAUGAUUAACAAAGAAGUAGAUACAUAAACGUAAAUUACUUGGUAUGAUAUUUUCGAAAUCAGGUUCAAAAUGUUUGACAAAAGAUAUCGUUGAAAAUUAAAUAAAAGUUUUAAACUAAAUACAAAUGAGUUUAGUCGUUACAACAGUUAAAUAUUGGUAGUCUUCUAAUCUAUUCAAAUAAAAAUACAAUAUAAAAAUAACCUUAGUUUCAUAAGGAAACAACAGAAACCCCAUCCAAAAGGACUAGGGUUUGGACUUACUUUUCUUAUAUUUAUGGGCUGAUGAUAAUUAGUGUGCACUUCAGGCUUCCCCUGAUCUAAAGACAUGUUUGACGUGAUUGUUUCAGGUUUAUUCAAUGAGCUAAUUAUGGAGGAUUAAGGCUAAUGAGCUAAUCAUAGAGGAUUAAGGCUAAAGAUUGCCUGCUUAGUUUUAAUAAAUUGUUUAUAAAUAAGUAUGGUUUUGCAAUGAAUUCAUAUUUUAGAAAUAUUAUCUUAUUUUAUCAAGUUUAUAGAUUUGUUUUAAUAGAUAUGUAUUUCAGUAGAUUAAAUCUGCAUAAACUGGUUUCAAUUUAUAGUCAUUUCCUCAGUAUUAAUAUAAAGAAAAAUUCUUUAAAGAUUGCCUGCUUAGGUUUAAUAAAUCGUUAAUAAACAUGUAUAGUUUUGAAAUGAAUGCAUAUUUUUAGAAAUCUUAUCUUAUUAUAUCUAAUUUAUAGAUUUGUUUAAAUAGGUAUGUAUUUCCAGUAGAUUAAAUCUGCAUAAACGGUUUUUCAAUUUAUAGUCAUUUGCUCAGUAAUAAUAUAAAAAAAAUUCUUUAAGGAUUUCCUGAUUAGGUUUAAUAAAUUUGUUUAUAAUUUAUAGUCAAUUUAUAGGAUUGUUCUCAAUUGGUGAAGAUGGUUUCGGAACCAGAAGAAUGGCCAGCAUUUGCAAGUUAUUUGGAAGAUAUUAAGAGUCUGAAAGAGAAUUUCACAAGAUCAGAGAUAAUUCAUGUUCCAAGAACGCAAAAUACAAAAGCGGAUAACCUAGCACGCAGUGUCAGGACACAAACGUCUUUUGUCGUUCACAUGGAUCAACAUCUCCCAGUGUGGUUUACAGGGUCAAUAUGAGUCUGUAAUGUUGAUGACAAAAAAAAAAAAAGAGUUUAUAAACAUGUAUGGUUUUGCAAUGAAUUCAUAUUUUAGAAAUCUUAUCUUAUUUUAUCUAAUUUAUUGAUUUUAUUUAAUAGAUAUGCAUAUUCAGUAGAUUAAAUCUGCAUAAAUGGUUUUUCAAUUUAUAGUUAUUUGCUCAGUAAUAACAUAAAGAAAAUUUCUUUAAAGAUUGCCUGCUUAGGUUUAAUAAAUAAUUUAUAAACAUGUAUGGUUUUGCAAUGAAUUCAUCUUUUUGAAAUCUUCUCUUAUUUUACUACAAGAUUUAUGCCUAUUAAUUUUCCUGUUUACGAAUUGUUUUUUUAUCACUUUGUAUAUCUCAGUUCGUUACUCUAUUUAUCGUUUAUAAGGAUUACACGUUAGAUUUUUCUGCUAAAUAGCUUGCAUCAUCACAUUGUCUAAUUAAUUCAAUGUUUAUGCAUGGUCGUGGCAGCUUGAAAUGAAACAAGCGGAUGGCUAGGAACAAGAUUGGCGUCAGGCCCUUAAGGGAGAAGGAAAAGGAAGAUAAACUUAUAAGCGUUAGCGAAGAAAGAAGCCUACUUGAAGAAGGCUGCCAAGAGGAGAGCAAGCGCCCUACCCGAGUCUCCAGCCCGAUGGAUGAAGAUAACGAUCAACGGAAACUAUCGGCUAUGAAGCUAGAUGGCAUAGAAGAAGGUUAUGCAAACCAAUAGAACAAAGAAAGGUUAGCUCCGCAGCUGGUCCACAAGCAAGGUAAGUAAGUCCAUUACCAGCCGGCUCCGGAGCCGCACAGCACAUAGCUGGAAGUCAGAGGGCCCAUACUACCUGCCUAACCCUUCGCUCCGAGGGACCGUAGAUCGGAAAGCACCUUUAAAAGCGUACCGUCAAGCAAGAAAAGGGUGCUGCCGUGCCACAAGGCACGACCAUAAAAAGAAUAAAAAAGAAAAAGUUAUGUAGUUGGACCAUCUGCUCUUUCUUUUUCUCGUCUAUCAGCUUCUCUGCUGACGCCAUUUCCGAAUGUCUUUAACCCCCUAGCAAAGCAACCAGCUCUUUUCCGUUGAGCGAGAGCCCUUCCACACGGGACUCCCGGAUCUGAUAUUGACCCCAAAAAAGAAACGGUAGGUACAGCUAGUCCAUGAACAGCCAACCAGCGCACUGUAAAAAUUGGAUAGGUCCUAUCUAUAGUCAUUGGGUCCUCCUAAAAAGAUCUACUAAAUUCGUCGAGUUGUGAGCCUGCCAGCUCAGAGGAACCCCUAUGCCUUUUGGCCAGCUUGGCUUCUGACCGGUCGAUCCCGCUUAGUACCCCCUCUUGCAACGAUUAUUAUAUAUCAAACCUAUAACGGUAUUCGACAUUCUUCAAGUUUUCUCACAGGACAAGGCAUGCAUGUUUUUUUUUUCUUUUUCUCAUACAAUACUUUUUAUUGAACUGUGGAAGUAUUAUUUUUAAUAACUAUGUUUCUCUUUGUCAUGACGCCACCUUUACUUCCAAAGUGUUUGAGCUACAAAAUACAUGCGAGAAAAAUAAAAUUAUGAAUCUCUUAUUUGAUAUUAGUUUAUCACUAUCCUAAUUCAGAAAAUUCUAAAAAUCUGUACAUGUGUGUUUUAUUUUCGAAUAUUAUCAUCAAAACUAUAUUUUAUGAAUUCUUCUUAACCUUUUGAAACUAAAUUUUAGGUUUCUAUUUGUAAGCAAAAGAAACUAAAUUUAUGUUGUGGCAUUGUAAAUCUUUUCUCUUAUAUUUCCUAGUUAAAAUGAAUAGCUUCUUCUCUUCUCAUGCCACACUUUUAUUUUUCUUAAGACAAAUACAGGUGGAAUAUCAAUUUACAACUAUAUGUAUACUAAUAACGAAAUGCUGACAAUUUUACAUGGUUGUUUCGUUAUUAGAAUCCAUUUAGAUGUAAAUUGAUUUCCCACCUGAAUUUUUCCUAAGAAAAAUAAUGGCAUGAGAAGAGAAGAAACCAUUCAUCUUAACUAGGAAAUAGAAGAGAUAAGAUCAAAAAUGCCACAACAUAAAUUUAGUUUUCUUUUUGCUUAACAUCAAAACUUAAAAUUUAGUUUCAAAAACUUUAGGAAGAGUUCAUAAAUUUUAUAAUUUUCAUAAUAGUAUUCUAAAAUAAAACACACAUGUACAUAUUUUUACAAUUGUCUAAAUUAGAAUAGUGACAAUAUAAUAUCAUAACAGAUUCAUAUUUUUUAUUUUUCUCGCAUGUAUUUUGUAGUUCAAACACUUUGGAAGUAAAGGUGACUCCAUGACAAAGAACAAAAUAAUAACUAAAUAUAACACUUCUACAGUUCAAUAAAAAUGUUAUAGGAAAAAGAGAGAAAGAAAAUGCAUGCCUUGUCUGUGAAAAAAGCUUGAAGAAUAUCAUAUACCAUAACAGGUUUGAUAUACAAUAACAUAAGUUUGUCUUCCUUUUCGUUCUCCACUAAGGGCCUAACACCAAUCUUCUUCCUAUCCAUCUGGUUUAUUAAUUUCAAGCUGCCAAGACCAUGCAUAAACAUUGAAUUAGACAGUGUGAUCGACGCAAGCUAUUUAGCAGUAACAACUAACAAAUAAUCUUUAUAAACCAUAAGUAGAAUAAGGAACUGAGAUAUUACAAAGUGAUAAACAAACUAAAAAUUCUUAAACAGAAAAAUUGAUAGGCAAAAAUCUUGUAGAAACUAGGAUAAGACUUCUAAAAGAUGAAUUCAUUGCAAAACCAUACAUGUUUAUAAACCAUUUAUUAAACCUAAGCAUGCAAUCUUUAAAGGAUUUUUCUUUAUUAAUACUGAGCAAUUGAC